AUGGCUUCCAUCAUUCUUUGCAUGUUCUUUCUGGGUGCAGAUGCAGCCUGCUUCCCAAACUGCGAUGCGGGGAUGAAGGACUUCUAUGAAGUGAUGAACAACGUGUUUGUCUUCCUUUUCUUGGCAGAGUGGAUCCUGCGUGUUCUUAAGGACGGCAAGGCAUACUUCAUCCCCUUGAAGGCCGAGCAUGUCUUCGACACGCUCAUCGUCUGGGUUUGCGGAGUGCUGCUCGGGUGGGUUAUUCCUCUGACUCAAGAUGUUCAACGCAGCCCGAUUACACAGUCCUUGAACGUGCUCAGAAGCAUGCGGACCCUGCGAUUCUUCAACUUCCUGAAGACCUUCGAGAGCUUCAAGAUGCUUCUGGCUGGAAUCCUCGGGACAGCCACCACGCUAGCUGCAUGCGUAGCAUUGCUGGCAAUGGUGGACCUAUUGUUUGGCAUCCUAGCAAUCGAGCUAAUCGGCAACUUCGAGGCGUGGGGAAGUGCACCACGAGGCGCUGCUGCCUGGAACUUCCAGAGUGGGUUGAUUCAAGCCUGCCUGGGCAUGACGCGAUUCAUUUUCUUCGACAACGCCAUUAACGUCACGGAGGAGCUCUUAGUCGAGCAGCCUUUCGUCUGGGUAUUCCUUUUCCUUUACAUUGCCAUCUCAGCAUAUGUCAUUCUCAACUUAGUCACCGCUGUGAUCUGCGAGAAGGCUCAGUCCAUGACGCAGGAGAAUGCAGCGGAGAUGGCUAAAGAGCUACGAGCAGAAGAGAAGAGGACUUUGAAGGAGCUCAAAAAUCUUUUCCUGAGACUUGACGCCGACGGCAGCGGACAGGUGACCAUGGAGGAGUUUGAUGCAGCCUUUACAGUCCCGGAAUGCAGGGACAAGUUCCUUUUGCUGGGCUUCGAUGAGGACGAGGCCAAGAGACUCUUCAAGGUGCUUGACGCAGAUGGCGAAGGAGAGCUCAGUGUAUCUGAAUUCACCCGAGGUAUGGCAGAGGUGAAGGGCGAGGCGACAUCCAGAGGAAUGCUGAUCGCGAAGAAGAAGGCCGAAAAGCUGGAAAAGCUGCUGCUGAAAGCGCUUCCACCGGACACCACUGCCGGAGGCGAGGGCGACCGGCUUGCGCUGGAGGAGGCCGAGCCAGAGAGGUUUGGUGAUCUCCUUGAUAACCAAAUGCGAGGCCUUGAGGAGGCGGCAAGACUUCGUCUGGACGACAUACAAAAGCAGUGCUCCGUGGCAAAGUCUGCAGCAAAGGAUUUGCAGGAUCUGCUCCACAAGAUCCGAAAGAAGUCGGGUUUGGAUGCUCCUUCUCCAAAGUUCGACUUCGAGGUGCACUGA